CAGCGACAGCUGAUGGCCUUUUCUUACCGCAAAAGAAGUUACCAAGAGGCAGCGAAAACUGUUACAAGCGCCGCACAUGAUAAUAAACGUCCUAGUUUAAGUUCGAUAUCAACCAAAUGUUACUCUUGCGGAAAGUUUGGUCAUAAAUCUUUUGAAUGUUCCAGCCGACCGCAAGACAAGCAGCAAACAACUCCGUUCUUCGAGCGCCCCAACACGGCCGUUGCUUCACGGACCUCUGUCACUUGUUUCAAGUGUGGUGUUGAGGGCCACGUGGCAACACGUUGCUCAAAGACAUUUCCGGUAGCAGGCAGCAGCUCCCAACCCAGCGUUGUGAAGCGAGUGGACAUGUGCGAUGUGAGACCUGUCACCGGAAUAAUCACUCAAUUUGACAACGAUGAUGCGCGGCCUUCAACAUCACACGAGGCCGUGUGAUAUGUCAGGACGGCCGUGUCGGAGGAAGUCAUUGAAGGAGUUGCUUGUUGAUUGUACCUUUUGUAAACCUUAAUUGAAUUUAAUACGAAUUUUUACAUUGUUAUAAUUCCUAAAACAUAUUUCUGAAAACAAAUUUGUAAUUAUAAGAGAAACUAAAGAAAGUAGGAAGUUAUCAAGUCGCCGUAGUCAAAUGAAUUACUUUGUACGCAUAAUGUGCAAUGUUUAAUGUUUAUUGAAAUUUAAAAGCUUUUCUAAUCAUUAUCAGAUUCUAAUUUUAAUUCGA